AUGACAGAUGACCCACCUGUUGAGGUUAGGACAGAAUGUGAAUUGCUAGUGAAUGUGGCUGAUACCCAAUUGAAAGUAGCUAAUGGUAUUGCAUGGCCAACAUCUGAAACGAUCAUACAUUCACAACCAAUAAGUAAAGGUUGUGUGAAAGUACAAGUUGAUGAAAUUGUCGAUAUGUAUGAGAACUUGCAUGUGCAUGCCGUCACAAGAACGGAGGAAGUUGAAUACGUUAAACAUCUUCUGCAUACCCUCGUUCAGUGGCCGAGAUAUGCAAUAAAGCUUGUGAACAAGACACCUAGCAAGUCAAAAAGUGGCACGAGAAUGGGUUCGAAUCGCGGCUCACCACGGAUACAAGUUGAUGACAUCACGACGACUUCAAUUUAUCGUCCACAAUUUGAAGAAAACCACAUGGCCUAUCAACAUGAAAUUAUUGAGCAUUUUCAAGGUGGUUUAGUUGAUAUGAUGUUAUCUAUGAAUCCACCACAUCUUGAUUUAAAUGCAACCGGACCCGGAUCCGAACCGGAACCUGAACCUGAACUUGAACUCGAACCCGAACUUGAAUCCGAUAUCGGUUCUGAAUCUGAAUCCGAAUCCGAAACCGAACCCGAACCCGAACAUGAGCAAAUUAGAACAGCAAAGUCCUCAAAUUCAAUGUGUUGGUUUUCAAGUAGCAGAGUUUUUUGGGAAUGCAAAUGUCGUUAA